AUGGCCCCUAGCUUUCGCGAUCUAAUCGAUUAUCUUCUUGCCGACAUUGCCCUCUGUGGUGACCAAGGUGCUACCCCCGCGGACAUCCUAGAGUCCACCAAGGCAUUCUACGCCAAGCCAGCUCAACAUGCAUCAAGUCGUACUCAUACCGUCGACCGACGGUUCCAAGAGAAAGUCUGGACGUGGCUGACUCGAAACCCCGAAGUCUCCGUGGGCCACGACAAGGAGGGAAACCAUCUCACCCUCGCGGAUGCAGAAGGUCGCGCGCAAGGCGCAGAGCCGUUGCGAGUCUUCGUAUCAAAGGAAAGAACCUGGCUAGCACUCACCGGUCAUGAGCCGGAUGAUACCAAGGUCUUUCCCACUGAAUUCGCCCUCCUGUCCAUCAUCGCGUCCCAUAAAUCCAAGGGUAUCGCGCAGACCGAUCUGGUUAGAAUCAGUGGUCAGGACAAACGGUCUGUCCCGAAGCGGACCGAUACAUUACAACGCAAAGGAUAUAUACAGAAACGAGCGGUCCAGAUCAAGUCCGCCCGAACGAGCCUGUGCACGCUGCGUCGAUUUCUUAAAGAUGAGGAUAGUGUGCCUGAAUCGGCGUCCGAGUCCGCCGAUCGCCAAAACCAAAUGAUUGAUUUCCACAAGUUCAUGGAUGACCUCUUCGGUAUUCUCCGCGAACACAAGAUUCUCUCCCGUAAUGAUCUGAAGAACCUGCUUGGUUUCGCCGACCGCUGGCGAUGGAGGAUUCUGUCGCGGACCCUGCGCAAAUUCGAGCGCAUCGGGGUGCUCAAACGUGUCCGUGCCUUGUCGCAGUAUGCGGACACGGUGAAUAAAUACCAUCCCUGUGUCAUGCUCGUGCGAGAGCCAACCGAGAAAGACUACGAGCGAUUUUAUGAAUUCGGCAUAGAUUCGUUGACCAAUAACGAGCAAGAGGACAGUGCCGAACUGGACGAGGAAAUGAUGGUGACAGAUACAGGACAGCCGUCGGUGGCUUUGCAAAAUGGCGUGCUGCAGCAAGGGCAAGUCGUACAGGAUGUUGGGCGAACUAUUCCAUGCUGGACGCCGGACCGUGUCCUUCACAACCAAAUUUUUGAUAUUGUCCAUCAGGCGGGCACCGACGGAAUGAUCAGCUUGGAUCUCAUCAAAAGCUGUUUCGGUGGACUCUAUCGCAGGCCUUUGGAGAACGUCUUGGCCCGUCUAGUCGAGUGUUGGCAGUUAUCUCAACCCCUCCAUCUGAGACAUCUCGCUCUGGUGCGAGACACAGCAAUGACCGGCACUAUACACCAUUAUAUCCAUUAUUCGGCUGUCAAUUUUCGGAAGCGAGUCGACGCAGGCGAGGCAGCGUGGGAAGCCGUCGAAUUUAUUUCUAAGAAUGCCAAAGCAAAUAACCUUCGUCCCCCCCCGGUGGAUGCUGUGCCGGAAGUCGAUGGGUAUGGCUUACCUCUGGCUAGACCCAAGUCUCAGCUUUUUAAGAAUGGCAAUGCAUCUCUUCUGGAGUGCAUGGCAGUUGUGAAACCGCAGGAUUAUGUCGUUACUUCUACAGAUCCGUCCGUGGUGCAACUCCAGGAUGGUACAUACGGAUUGCGUAUCAGGCAAAGAGCCUCUGCCGCCGAUCACCAUCGACGUGGGGCCGUUGAAGCUAGCACACCACUCAGGGUCAAGCUUGAACAUCAUGAGCCUGAAGAUAUCGAUAUGGAGAACACACCUGAAGCUUCCAAGCCGACGGUCGCGCGCCGUAAGAAGAUCAAGAACGAAGAUCUGCUUCGCGGGAUGUCCGAGAAAGAAAAGCUGGAACAUCUUGGAUUGGACGAGACCUACACAGAAUAUAGCGUUCUCCUCAUCGAGCGACCGAACCCUGGGGUGUACCUCACCCCCCUCGGGCGGCGUAGGCCAGCAGGAAAGAGACAGGGGCGUCCAAAGAGAAGCAGAGUGGCGGUCUUCAAAUCACCGAAGCUAUCAUCCUUGCCCUGGUUUGUCGAGGAGGUCGGGGAGGACGGCGAUCGUCCCGAAUCAGAUGCAGGACAGGACAUUUCGCUGUCUGCGGCUGGGCCAUCCGAUACGGGUCUCUUGAGAGGUACCAAGCGACCCCUGCAUUUGUCUUCUGGCAGGGACUCCGACACCGAGUCACCGGUAGUCUCAAAGCAGCGUCGCUUUGUGGAAGGUGGACCAGCCUCGAUGGAUGUUGAUACUCCUGAACUUCAUCCUAGUGCCAACGGGAAUAGGAGUUCGAAACGAAAAAGAGCAGAAUCUCCUGAUGGAGAUAAUGUCUCUCAAGCCCCCCAGACGCAAGCUCGCACUACAGAUAAUGGCACAGAGAUGCCCUCAAAGCGGCCCCAUCAUGAGGUUCGGGGUGAAUAUGGAGCUGGGCGCUCCGUCGUUGUGCCAGGAAAUGAUGGUGCUACAGAUGAACCUGUCAAAGGGACGCACGACACGAAUCUCCUUCCACCACCAACAGAGAAGCGGUUAGCUGAAGCUGAUCCUCCGGCAACAGCACCGACUGCUGUUCCACCCACCACCGCCAGUAUCCCAAGCAGCAUGCGCACGGCGCAGCCGACGGCCACACCAGCAUCCACCGAACCAACCUCCUCACCGGCUCCUGCCUCGAGCACAGGGAAGGGGCGUGGGUUGCGAGGACACAUGAGUGGUUCAAUUGGCUUCCAGCGGAGGAAGAUCGUCAUGCAAAUAUUGGAACAGGCUGGGGGUGCUUUCCCCAUGGGAACCGAACUGUGGUAUCCGUUCACGACUGCUUGGGCAAAGCUGAAGUAUAAGGAGAAGCCGGAUCUCCGAACAAUCAGGAACACAGUAAAACACCUGAUUGAUGCAGGAACACUGCGGCAAUUUACAUUCAGCGGGAAAGACAGUAAAGGCCUCAUGGUGACGAAGAGUAUCAUUGCGAAAUCUGACUUGAGUCCGGAUGAUCCUCUCAUCCAGGACAUGCAGAAGAAGAUGCUUGCGACGGACAGCAGAUUUUACAUUCCUGAGAACGUGGAAUACGACAAGGAGAUGACGAAAUCCGGAAAGAAAGUACAAGUUCCACCAUAUGGGAAAUCUACCUCCCGCAUUCCGAUCGAGCCACGCCUAACAGUCCAUCUGCAUCAAAAGCCGGCUCUCGUUACGGCCCAGGAGAAGCGAAAGGGUCAGAUGAUUCAGAGGCGAUUAUUGCAACGACUGGAUUCUGAAAGAGAACUUGUCAAGGGGCCCAACGUGGUCCGGUUGAUGCGGAUCCGACGAGCUCCCGGUCAGGGUGACACGGCGCAUGGGUUAACUUCCAUAUCCCGACCAGAUCGUUCGGAGGGCCAAAAACAAAGGCGCAUUCAGAAGGUUCAGUCAUCUGGUGGCAUCCGCAGAGUACGUCUGAUCGAUCUACCAAUUUCCGAGGUAUGGCCGUUUGCGAUGGUCAUGAGUCCUCGGCAAGAGUUUCACGCCAGCAGCGGGACGUUUUCUACCACUGCAGUACUUGGAGCCCCGCGAAUUUUAGAACCUACUGUUUCUCAGAAAGAGCCAUUGACACCACGUGGGAGAAGGAAAGAUACUACAUCUGAUUUGCCUGACUCUCUCGAUGAUUUGUUUAGCAUGGCACAUCAAGAAUCCGAACCAGUGGAUCCAGACCGCACGUUCUCAACUGAUCUGGCUACGAUUAUGCGGUGGGAAAUUCGAAACAAGCAGCUAUUCCGCAGAAAGUCAUCCGACUUCCAUUACAUCAACCAAACUGUACAGGAUUCCUUUGAAAGCGCCCCAAUUGUUGGUAAUAUACGCUUCCACGGGUAUGAAGAACCGCCGAUGUCUCGACGUGAACAUCUUCCAUCGGAGCCUAGAGCUACAAGGAAGGCAACGCGUACUACGGAGGCAUUGGCAGGAGGGACUCUGCGACCGUUGGCGCCCAGACCACCGGGUCAGCCGAGGUAUGAUGUGGAUACUGAGAUGGAUGUGGGUGGGCGGAGGCCUGCUUUUGAGUAUGAGGAAGACUUUGACACGACUCGGCGAAACAGACGCCUGGAGAAAUUGCACGCCUCGCUAGCCGAUGAAGGCGAGGCAAUCUCCAUUCAACAAACUGGCCGUCGCUCUCACAAAAAUCUUUAUGUGUUGUCAAGGUCAUUUGUGCGAAAACUUAUGACAGCUAUCGUCGUCGUCCGCACAUUAGCUGGAGGGUGGGAGGGAAAGAUUGUUGACUGGAAUCUCGUGCCUAAGUGUUUCCCUGAAUUUGAUCCGCUUUUUGUGCAGGAAAGGGGAAAGAGUAUCGUCGCUAGACACCGGUUGCAACUGGCCAAGAUGCAAGGUGAUUUCCAGUCUCUGUUUAUCGAGGCCUAUGCCAAUGGUGAAGUGCCCGCCAUCAACUACGAUGACCUGGAAAACUACGACUGGGAGGGAGUGGUCGAGUGGGCAAACUCCGCGCUGGAAUUUCCGAAUUCAGAAAAGAUUCCAGACCUACCGGCGACCCGUGAACAGUUCGACAGCGUCUUUGAAGUACGGGAAGAGCCUGUUUCAUCCUUGGACGAUAUCUACCACAGCAGCCAUAACGUCACGAUAUAUCGAAAGCGGACGGCUUAUGCCGAAACACCAUUUGCUGUUCCUCUCGCUGAGCGGCCAGGCCAGGUGACCUUACGCCAGACCGAGCUAGCUCGUCUGGACGCGGUCAAAACAUGGGUUCGUGCCAAUGUUGUGGCGGCGGAGGAGUCGUAUCGUCCUGCAGAAGCUCGCGAGAUUCUUAGUACGGUGCCGAAUAACGUCCUUGAGAAUGCUUUGAAUUCGCUGAUGACCGAGCGUGUCAUUUCGUCCAACAACAAAGGACGUCCCGCUCCUGGCCGCAAUUACGAUAUCACAGACUACUUCCUCCUGCUUUUGGGACGGAAACGAGCAUUCGAGAGCACCGACCUGCGAAGAGCGGCGCGGUUCAAAACGGAUGUCCUUGAUGCUGCCCUGCGGUCCCAAGGGCAGUGGGAUUUCGACUACGCGGCUGACGAUGGUGACACCAUGGCAGUAAUUAACUUGCUGGCUGAGGGGAGAGUGGACUUGAGACCGCGAGAUCCUCCACGCGAUAGAUACGGCCUAACUGAAGGUGGGUAUACCACCAGACAAAUGGACAAGGGAAAGCUGCGGUUUGCCGUCGAGGUCCGGCCGGUGAAGGGAAAGUAUGUGUACGGAAAUCCCAUCCAGGAGAAGACAUCCAGCAUUGCGCCUCCUUGUCCACCGUCGGUCACCAUCGGCGCGUCCCAGCUUGCCGUGCCGGAGAAGAUCCCCUUGUGGUACGACAUCCACAGCCAAUUUGUCAAGUUGCUUUGGGACAUUGCUCUCACAGCCGUCGUGAGCAGUGUUGCCCUCCGGCCGGGGUUGUCUGCCUCCGGACUGGCCAAUAUGUUGAAGCCUACACUGGGGGCGUGGGAGGUGGAAUUGCUCCUCAAGUGGCUGGAGCAGGUGGGAGUGAUGCGACAGGUUGGUGGGCGUGGUGCAGAGGCCGGAUGGGCUGUACAAGAGUGGUGGUGGCUCGUGUUGGGUGUUGAAUGA